CGAGUCCAGCCACAAGCUGGCCGACUGGCCAUCAUGGCGACCUCCACGCGCGAAUCCGAGCUUAAGCAGCAGGGUGCCAUUGAAGCUGCCCAGGACCCCAAUUCCGCCGUCACAGCAGAGGCCGCCGAGAACGCCAUCCUCGAGGAGUCGCGCAGGGCCGGCGCCGCAGCCUACAAGUUCGAUCCCAAUGCCACCCCCGCUGAAAAGGCUGCCCAGGCCAAAGCCAGCGUACCGCCAGGCUUUCAUCGUGAGCGGAAACCCAAUGCUGCCGUGCUUGCUACCGAUACUAACAACACCAAUCCCAAAUACGAUCUGCCCACCCCGACCAAAUCAGGAGCUCUAGAUAUCCCUCAAUCCCCGACUUCGCCCACCUCUGUCACAUCCAACGGCCACGCCAUCGGCCCGCAAGGCGAAGAUGAUCCUUGGGGGAGGGUACAAUGGGCCCCGCGCUUUGGCAUGCCGGGCUCCGAGGAUCAGGACGACGAAGAAGGCACGCUUCUCGACCAUCAAACCUAUCUGGAGGGCAAGAUUGAGGAUAAAUUCUUCGGGGAUUGGUACCACAACACCGGCGUCAUCAUCUUCGCCUGUCUGAGCUCCUGGGUCGUGGCCGUGCUGGGAGGUGGUUUGGGCUGGGUCUUUUGCAUCAUGGCCAUUUGCGGCACCUACUACCGGACUUCGAUCCGCCGCGUGCGACGCAACGCGAGGGACGACUUGAAUCGCGAAAUGGCCAAGGCGAGGCUAGAGACGGAUACCGAGUCGCUCGAGUGGAUCAACAGUUUUUUGGUCAAAUUCUGGCCCAUUUACGCCCCGGUCAUGUGCAAGUCGAUUGUGGCUUCCGUGGACCAAGUUCUGUCUACCUCUACACCGUCGUUCCUGGAGGGUCUCCGGCUCAAGGAGUUUGGUCUCGGUACCAAACCCCCGCGUCUGGAGCAUGUCAAGACGUAUCCCAAAGCUCAGGACGAUAUUGUGCUCAUGGACUGGAAGUUUAGCUUCAACCCCAACGAUACGGCGGAUCUGACGUCGCGCCAGCUCAAGAGCAAGGUCAAUCCCAAGAUUGUGCUCGAGGUGCGUCUAGGAAAAGGUGUGGUCAGCAAAGGUCUCGAUGUCAUUGUGCAGGAUAUGGCCUUUUCUGGCUUGAUGCGCUUGAAAUUCAAGCUUCAAUUGCCGUUUCCACAUAUCGAGAAGAUCGAAAUGUCUUUUCUGGAGCGUCCGACCAUCGACUACGUCUGCAAGCCAUUGGGUGGAGAUACGUUCGGUUUCGAUAUCAAUUUCAUCCCCGGACUGGAGACGUUCAUCAUGGAGAUGAUCCACUCCAUCCUCGCGCCCAUGAUGUACGCCCCUAAUGUGUUCCCCAUCGAACUUGCCAAGAUGCUCUCGGGCGAAGCAAUCGAUCAAGCCAUUGGUGUGCUACAGAUUACCUUCCAUGGCGCCCAAGGGCUCAAGAAUCCCGACAAAUUCUCUGGUACUCCCGACCCUUACGCCAUGGUGUCCAUCAACAACAGGAACGAGGUGGCCCGCACAAAGACAGUGCAUGAAAAUGCGAACCCGAGGUGGAACGAGACGAUCAACAUCAUCAUCACCUCACUCAAAGAUACACUCACCAUCAACAUUUUCGAUUACAAUGAUAUCCGCAAGGACAAGGACUUGGGUGUAGCUUCUUUCUCCCUGGAACAGCUGGAGGAAGAGGACGAACACGAAAAUCUGCACUUGGAAGUCCUUUCUGGUGGUCGGCCACGCGGUAUCCUGCAAGCGGACAUUCGAUUCUUCCCUGUCCUCGAAGGCGAAGUUCUCGAAGACGGCACAAAGGAGCCUCCACCUGAGUCGCGCACUGGCAUUGCCAAAUUCACAAUCGAACAAGCAAAGGAAUUGGAUCAAUCCAAGAGUGCGAUUGGCCUUCUCAGUCCGUAUGCGCUCCUGUUGCUCAACGGGCGCGAGGUGCACAGGUCGACUAUCAUGAAGAGGACUAAUCAGCCUGUUUUCCCCGACGCCAGCAAAGAGCUUCUCAUUACAGACCGUAAGAAGGCCAAGCUCGGACUAGUCAUCAAGGAUGACCGCGAUCUGGCCACCGAUCCCAUUGUUGGUUCUUACCAGAUUACGCUGGACGACUUGCUGGAAAUGAACGCCAAGGGCCACGAGUGGUAUAAUCUACACGGCGUCAAGACAGGUAGAGCCAAGAUGAAGUUGGAAUGGAAGCCUGUUGCUCUAAAGGGCGCCGUUAGCGGUGGCGGCUACCUUACCCCCAUUGGCGUCAUGAGACUUCAUUUCCAAAAUGCCCGCGAUCUCCGCAACGUCGAGACCAUGGGCAAGUCGGAUCCGUAUGUACGAGUACUUCUAUCUGGUGUUCAGAAGGGUCGCACGGUGACCUUCAAAAACAACCUCAACCCAGAUUGGGACGAGGUUGUCUAUGUUCCUAUUCACACGCCACGCGAAAAGCUCACGCUUGAGGUCAUGGACGAGGAACAUGUAGGAAAAGAUCGCUCGCUUGGCCACGUCGAGCUCUCGGCGGCCGACUAUGUGCAUCAAGACGAGGACGGCAUAUACCUGACCAACGAAAACAAGGAGACCAUCCCAGGUGGCCUACAUCUCGGUCAUUCGGCCCCUACUAAGGGUACUCUGAACUACACUUGCUCCUUCUACCCGACUUACGAUGUGUGGGAUCCGGAUGAGUCGGACAGUGAAGACGAAGCGGAGGAGAUUUCGCGCAAGGGCUCCGUCCGAACAGCAAACUCAAAGACUCACAAGAGAAAUGUUUCUGGUAUUUCGGGUGUUUCGAAUGGCUCUCACAUCUCCCGCUCGGAAACCGCAGGGACCUUUUCUUCCAUUCGAACUGCGGGAUCGAUCCAAGAAGGCAGCGCGCUCGAUUUGGCCAAGCAGCUCGAUAAGAACGAGGGCGAGCAAGGUGUGCCGCAGAAAAAGAAGGUAGAGAAACUGCAGCUCAAUGCUGACGGCCUUCAACAAUAUGAGUCUGGUCUUAUCGUGUUCAAGCUCAUUGAUGGGGAGUUUUCGCACACGGGGACGUACGUUGAUGUCAUUAUGGAUGACAUGGCUUUCCCCUGCUACUGGAGUUCCAAGAUCAAGAGCAGGGCCAUGACUUUCAAUGAAGUUGGCGACACAAUGGUUCGCGAGCUCGAUUUCUCCAAGAUCACGUUACGACUGGUAGAGCACGUUGACAACAAGGGCGAGGACGAUGACGAUCACGUCAUUGGUAAGCUCACAGGCGAUACACUGGAUACUCUUAGACGUUGUUUGUACACACCCACCCAGCUUAUCAUUAAAGACAAGCAUGGUCAGGAUAACAAGAUCACCGUCAGCCUCAAGUACAUUCCGAUCAAGAUGCAGCUGGACCCCAGCGAGUCAUUUAACAACCAAGGCAAUCUGCGCGUGGAAGUGCUUGACGCAGCAGACCUGCCGGCUGCCGAUAGAAACGGCUUCUCGGACCCUUACUGCAAGUUCAUCAUGAACGACAAGGACGUGUACAAGACAAAGACCCAGAAGAAGACGCUUCACCCAGCCUGGAACGAGUACUUUGAAGUCCCCGUUCGGAGUCGCACUGCUUCACAAUUUCAGGUGAAGGUGUUUGAUUGGGAUUUCGGUGACAAGGCAGACUUCCUCGGAAAGGCUGAUAUUAAUCUCGAGAUUUUGGAGCCGUUUCAAACACAAGAAGUGACACUGACCUUGGAUGGAGAAUCGGGGGCCAUUAGGCUCAAAAUGCUGUUCAAGCCAAAUUAUGUCAUGCGCGCCAGGCAAGGUUCAUCCACCUUCAGCGGCACCUUCGCAGUUCCUGGCAAGAUCAUCGGUGCACCAGUCAAGGGCGUCGGCAAAGGCGCUGUAUUUGUCGGCGGCAACGUCAUGCGCGCCGGAACUUUCCUCGGCCGUGGCUUCAAACGCCGCAAAUCGCGAGACGUGCCCCGUGGCGACGAACCCGAGUCUCCCAGCCUCAUCACCUCGGAAGACGACACGCCCAAAAUUUCCGUCGAGAACGAAAACGGCACCGCCGUGACCCCAUCCUCCAAACACGCGCGGCACCGCUCGUUUGGUGCGCAGAGCUUCGCCUCUGGGUUUGGUGGCCAGCCCGGCAGCGCCGAACAAGGCACCGCAAACCUCACCGUCCUAGGCGCCGACAACUUCGAACCCGGCACCAACCUCCGCGUCCACAUCCGCCUCGAAGGCUCCAAAGGCUCCAAGGAAGUCCACAAAACAGAUCACAUCAAAGCCCCCUCUGGCUCCGUCACUUUUGAAAACGAAUCCUUCAAAGUCCCUUGCAGUGCCGACUCGUCUUUCCGUCUCGUCGUCAAAGACCACAGCACCUUUGGCCGCGACGACGAACUCGGCGAAAAGACCUUCUUCGUCAGCGAUCAGGGCUCGGGCGCCGAGCAGAUCGUGCAAGUGGGCCAGGGCACCGUUACUCUCCGCACCAGUUUUGCCCCUGCCGACGCGUCGUCCUCGAAUGGGCCCAACAGCCCAAAGUUGAGGAAGAGCCUGAGGAGUAGGGGGAGAGAUAGUCGGAGCGUUACGCCUGCUGCACCCGGGUCGUCUUAGAAGGGCGUCAGGCUUGCUACGGCGAAUGCGAGGUUACUGAGAGAGGAGGCGGGGGAGGAGAGUGUUAGUGCCAGUGCCAGUGCCAGUGCCAGUGCCAGUGCCAGUGCUAUUGCUGAGUGAUUGAUACUUGGAUUCAUCGAUGAUGUGCGCGGGGGGGGAUGGAUUCUUUUUUUUUCUUCUUCUUCUUCUUCUUCAUGGAUCUUGGGCGGGGGGCGGGUUGCUAACAUAUUAUAUAUGUGUGGUGUUUUCUUCUGGGUCGAAGCGCGGGCAUGGGCGUGUUUGUUUGUGUGUGUGCGGGUUACCCAGGCCGGGCGUUCUUCUUUCGGUCACCACCUUCUUCUUUGUUAAUAUCUUUUUACCCUUUUUAUCUUCUUCUUUUUUUUUUUAGUCUUGCACAAUACCUAUCUUCUUUUCUGCUUCUUAUGUCUCUUCCUCGCCUUUUUUUUUCUUUCUACUUGAUGCUAUUCCUUCU